UGAUUACAACAAAGCAGCAAAUGUUGCAUCUCUUUCUGAUUCAUUACCCAUAAAGAGUGGUCUGAAUUCUUUGAGUGAAGUACCUCCAUUAAAGAAGUCUGAAAAUACAAAUUCAGUUUUGAAAGAUGUAAAGAUGGUGAAUUCUAAACUCGGAUCACUUGAACUAGGAGAGGAAAAUGAAUAUAUUGAUGAUUUCAACAGCACCAGUCAUCGGUCAGAGAAAAGCGAAGUCAGCAUUGGUGAAGAAAUAGAUGAUAUUUCUAUGGAAAUAGAAGACUUCAUUACUAGUGAAAAGCUUGAGGAUCUCACACAAGACUUCACUGUUUCUCAGUUAAGCUUUGAAGCAGAUUACCUAGAGGAUGUUGCAUGAGUAGAGAGCAGAAAUCUUAAAUGGUGGGACUGUCGACCUUUGUAGACUGUAUUUUAAGACAAUCAAUCUUCUGAAAUACCCCUCACAAAUCGUGCCUUUUAUUUCAAGAGAAAAAAUAAAACAACCCAAGAAAGCUGGAGAGGGGAAAGAUUUUAAGCUCACAAAGAAUGGAGUUUAAUACUGCUGACUAGUUCAACUAAGGUAGUAGUUAGGUCCCAGAGAGAUGUCUGUUGCAGGCGACAGACGCACCACCAUUUGAUUUAUAAACAUUCAUAAGGGAAGAAAUCCAUAAAGUAUAUGAAGAAUGGCAGACAUGGUUUGAUGUUAUGGCAACUAUCUAGGUUUUUUUAGCUGAAGAAAGUAAGAAAAUUCAGCAAGGUUGCUAUUUUGUUGACUCAGUUUUCAGUAUAAUUUAUCUUUUAGCUACUGAAGUUAUUUUAGUUGACAGGGCAUAAUUC